GUUUAACAGUGACUUUGAAGCCGUUUAUUGAUUUAUCCGUGUUUUUGUUAACUUCUUCAUAUGCUCUAUAAAUCAGCCAUUUUCAUCUAUCGGCACACUCAGAACUAGGUGCAUUUCCCGCCGUCGACUACGUGGCCGCUAAAAACACGAAUGGCAUCAGAGCAGCGUGAGGCUUCUGGAGAACCUUUGGCAACACUGAAGAAACGCGACGACUAUCUGUCAUGGGAAGAAUAUUUUAUGGCCGUCGCCGUACUCUCCUCGCAGCGCUCCAAAGACCCCUCCAGCCAGGUGGGCGCCUGCAUCGUCAACGAGGAGAAGAAGAUUGUCGGGAUCGGCUACAAUGGCAUGCCCACAGGCUGCAGCGACGAUGUCCUGCCGUGGAAUCGUGAAGGCGACUUCCUGGACACGAAAUACCCGUACGUGUGUCAUGCGGAGAUGAACGCCAUCAUGAACAAGAACUCAGCGUCCGUCAAGGAUUGCACGCUCUACGUCGCGCUCUUCCCCUGCAAUGAGUGCGCUAAAUUGUGCAUCCAGGCGGGCAUCCGGGAGGUGGUGUAUUUAUCGGACAAAUACGGCGAUAAAGAGCCGUUCAUCGCCUCACGCCGGCUGCUGGAUAUGGCUCAGAUAAAGAUCCGCCAGUUUAUCCCCGGUCGCCGGCAGAUUACGCUGGAUUUCAGUCAUAUCGAUCCAGGCCUGUUCGGCCGGUGCUGGUGACUGCUGAGACGGGUGACUUGCGCUGGAACCGCCGUGUCAGGUGUUGGCAUUAUGAUCAAGGUCGUCCUUUCAGCUGUUUUCCGCUGACUGGACAUCCUUAAGUGCAUUUUCGCCGCUCUUGACAGAUGGAUUGUUGAGUUUUCUCUGCCGCGCUCUAACCAUGUUGAUGUCAUUUCCGAUUGGCGGUUGUUGGUGUGUGUGCAUUCGCUGUAAAUGGGAUGAAUUGUUGGGACAUGCGGUAAUCGACGGUUGUUGAUUAACAACGCAAUGUGUUUCUUAAUCGUUGGCUUGAGAGUUGGGAAGAAACGACAGAUGGUGGUUUUUUUAUGUGUCUGUAAAUACGAUCCAAUUACACCUUGCGAACACAACCGAUCAUUUCCGCCAUAAAUUAUAUUGUUAUGCUGCGCCGUAGCCCACACUUUCCGAAGUCAUCGAACGGCGAAAAAAUAACCAGACAUGGCGAUGAUUAUUGCUGUUAUUUUUCGCUUUUUUGCCGUGAAUAAUGCUUGAAUAAUUCCGGCGGAAGUACUGUGUGAGUAACAGAGCAACACGUAUGGAACGAAUUUCGUCGUCUCGUGUCUGAUUUUUUUAACAAAGGAACAAUUAAACAAAUGAACGCAUGACCGUUCCAUUGCGUGCUAAUGGUCGGUAGACGCAGUACAUCCACUCGUCUGCUAAUAAACAAUUGGCUAGUGCGAUCGGUUCAUGGCAUUCCUCGCUCUUGAAGUGUUCCAAGUUCCAACCGGCCGUUAAAAUUAUUGAAUAAUAAUGCACAUGUUUGCAUUGCACGAGGAAUCGCUGCCUUAUUUGCAUUUAAAUUACCGGCUGCAGGGAUGUAAAGUGAUCGGAAGUGAUGCUGUUAAAUUAAAGCGAAGAUUCUGAAGUUACUUCAUACCAAACCCCAAAAAAUGAUGUUAUUAACGACUAUAAGUUAAUUUGCAUUUAGUAAUAUUGUUGGGUUAACGGGUAACCGAUACACAGUAAAAAUACUAAUUGGAUUAUGUAAAAAGUGUCAUGAUUACGUUAUGCAUCACUGGUUUUGGGUCUGGCUGCCCCUUAUAUGUACCAGCAUUUACUGUGGAAUUGGUCGGUUAUUAAGCGGUCAAACGAAUUGCAUUAUUGAUUUAUAUGUGUCGUAUAGAAAACCACCAGCGUUGAAAUUGCAGCAGCCCUUCUGGCAGGCUUUCAGCCAAGUGAUCCAGCGUCCUAAAUGGGUUUUCCGGUCGACUACCAAAGUGGAUUGGUCUCCGUUGUUGCCGCUGAAUAUUCAGCAAGGAAUGUACACAAAUUUAUAAAAACGGCAAUCUUCUGACAUUUGUGAGUGGAUUAGCCGGAUCCUGUGCGGCGUUUUAUUUGAAUGGAUUACGCCACUCGUUGUGGAAUAUUGUGUUACCGUUAAACGAGGGAAUUUUCAAAUAGUGCAUUUAUGGCACGACAGCAUCUGUGGUGUCUAACAAUUAGCAACACCGCCUUCUUUGUUAGGUUUACCGUUACAUAACAUGCCGGGCGCGGCAUAUAACA